AUGGUUGGAGAUUUUAACGAUACUGCGAGUAUGUCAGAGAGAAAUGGAAAUGGAGGCUCUGAAAUGCAAAUAAGAUGUAGAGAAUUUUCAAAUUGGAUUGAGAAUAAUGGUUUUAUUGAUAUGGGAUGCUCGGGGCCAGAGCAUACUUGGUUUCAAGGCAACUCCCCUGCUACUUUUAAUUCUACAAGGCUUGAUAGGGGGAUUAUUAAUGAUGAAUGGAGAUUGCGUUUUGUUGAAGGUGCUUUGCGGAAUCUUCCCCGUACUGCCUCUGAUCAUUGUCCGAUCUUAAUUAGUACUACGGGAUUUGCUCAAGUCCCUACAACUAUCAAACCUUUUAGGUUCCAAGCUGCAUGGUUACACCAUGAAAAAUUUGAAGAGUUUGUCAUUCAAAAUUGGAGAAAUGAUGUCCCAAUUGUUCAGUUUUUGAAGUUGCGUAGGAAUCGGAUUAAUACUUUGCAAAAUUCUGAUGGUAAGUGGGUUGCGGAUCAGAGUGCUGUGAAGUCUAUGGUUGUGGAGUAUUGGCGUUCUUUGUUCCAGGAUGAGAAUCGUGAGUUUACAGGUUAUAGGUUGCUGCUUGACCAGUUCCCUGCCAUUGAAGCUCAUAAGUGGAGUAUUCUUACAAGACCAUAUGCUGACUGUGAGAUAAAAAAAGGCCUUGAUGUCUAUGAAGGCUUGUAA